CCUGCUCUGUGCCGACCGCGGGAAGUGGGGCGGCGGGUGACAAACAUGAAUGUUGGAGUUGCCCACAGCGAGGUGAAUCCAAACACCCGUGUAAUGAACAGCCGUGGCAUGUGGCUGACAUACGCACUGGGAGUUGGCUUGCUCCAUAUAGUCUUACUCAGCAUCCCCUUCUUCAGCGUUCCUGUUGCUUGGACCUUAACAAAUGUUAUACAUAACCUGGGUAUGUAUGUAUUUUUGCAUGCAGUGAAAGGAACACCCUUUGAAACUCCUGACCAGGGUAAAGCAAGACUUCUAACUCAUUGGGAACAACUUGAUUAUGGAGUACAGUUUACAUCUUCACGGAAGUUUUUCACAAUUUCUCCAAUAAUUCUAUAUUUUCUGGCAAGUUUCUAUACGAAGUAUGAUCCAACUCACUUCAUCCUAAACACAGCUUCUCUCCUGAGUGUGCUAAUUCCCAAAAUGCCACAACUACAUGGUGUUCGGAUCUUUGGAAUUAAUAAGUACUGAAAUGUUUUGAAAACUGAGCAAAAAUUUUUACAGCUACUCAGUUCCCUAUAAGGAAGGAGUAGUUGGUAUACUGCACUGUUUCUAUGAUAAUGUGAAGUAAAAGGUAUUUGCAUUAAAGGACCAGUUAAUGGUUCUUUGUAUACUGUUUUGAAGUGCAGAUUUUCACUAGAAGAUGCUUCUUUAAUGCAUCUGUUAUAUUGCUGAAGAGAGGCUUUACAGGAAGGCUGGGCAGGCCUAGCUCCUAAGUUAAAUGGCUAUACAGUAAGGGUGUAUUAGAUAAAUCCAAGUUAAAAAGAGAUCUGUAAAAAACUAGGGCUAGCUUAGUUUAUAAUGAAUGGGCAUUAUGUUAGGAGAAGAAAAUUUCCAAUCAUUCAGUCAUGGUCAUUUUAAGCAGGUAUACAUGUAAACCAUAAUCAUCUCUUUAAAAGUUUAUUAUAGAUUAUUUUAUUACC